AUGGAUUGUGACAGUAUGAAGCCACUGGAAGGUGUGAGAAUUCUGGAUCUAACAAGAGUUCUGGCUGGACCUUUUGCCACGAUGAAUUUAGGAGAUCUGGGAGCAGAAGUUAUAAAAGUGGAAAGACCAGGAGCUGGUGAUGACACACGAUCUUGGGGACCUCCUUUUGUGAACACAGAAAGUACAUAUUUUCUUAGUGUUAAUCGAAAUAAAAAAAGUAUAGCUGUUAAUAUCAAGGAUCCAAGAGGAGUGAGAAUCGUCAAAGAGCUUGCAGCCAUUUGUGAUGUGUUUGUGGAAAACUAUGUCCCUGGGAAGCUUUCUGAGAUGGGCCUAGGAUAUGCAGAUAUAGAUAAGAUUGCGCCUCACAUCAUCUACUGCUCCAUCACAGGAUAUGGCCAGACAGGGCCCAUGUCUCACAGAGCAGGCUAUGAUGCUAUUGCCUCUGCUAUGUCUGGUCUAAUGCACAUCACAGGACCUGAGGAUGGAGAUCCUGUUCGCCCAGGAGUGGCCAUGACUGAUCUUGCCACUGGCCUUUUUGCCUAUGGAGCGAUUAUGGCUGGCCUCAUACAACGUUACAGAACUGGAAAAGGAUUGUUUAUCGAUUGUAAUCUACUGUCAUCCCAGGUGGCAUGUUUGACCCAAGUAGCUGCCAAUUAUCUUAUUGGACAAAAGGAAGCCAAACGCUGGGGCACAGCUCACGGCAGUAUUGUUCCGUAUCAGGCCUUUAAGACCAAGGACGGCUAUCUUGUCAUUGGAGCAGGAAAUAAUCAGCAGUUUGCUGUUGUAUGCAAGAUCUUGAAUUUGCCUGAAUUGAUUGAUGACAGCAAGUAUAGAACGAACCACCUUCGGGUACAGAAUAGAAAAGAGCUUGUGAAAAUCCUAUCGGCACGGUUUGCAGAAGAAGUGACUGCCAAGUGGCUUUGUCUCUUUGAAGGAAGUGGGAUCCCAUAUGGCCCAAUCAACAGUCUGAAGGAUGUGUUUUCCGAAGCCCAGGUAUUGCACAAUGGCCUCGUUAUGGAGAUGAAUCAUCCCACUGUGGGGAAGAUUUCGGUCCCAGGUCCAGCUGUGAGAUACAGCAAGUUCAAGAUGUCAGAGGCAAAGCCACCUCCCCUGCUGGGACAACACACACGGCACAUCCUGAAGGAGGUCCUUAGAUAUGAUGAGGGGGUCAUUGGAGAGCUACUCUGCUCUGGUGUAAUAGAGCAACAUGAAACCGAGUGACAGAGAAGAAUGCGUCAGAAAACUUCACCUGGCCAGCCCAGACAGUGAGUGCUCUGUGCGUGCCUUUCCCCAGUCUUGAUCCCACUACAAAGCGUGGUGAGGAGAACUGCAGAUUACUUGCCUGGCAUCUCUGGGGUAACUUUAGAAUUAAAGUCUAAUGCCCAUUUAGAAGCUUACUGUUUUGAAUUCCCCCCGCCCCAGAAUAUAAUUUGUUGAUUUGUGGACUUUGAUUAAUUCUAAUUUUUUCAUCCAAAAGAAGUGAUAACUGUUUGGUGAUGGUAUGUUGUUCUGAUUUAAUUCCUCCACAAUGUAUACAUGUAUGGAAACAUCAAAUUAUAAAUUGUAGUUUUGAUUAAUCAGUUGAAAAAUAAAACAAAAUAUAAAAAUA